CUUCUGAUCAUCCCCCAAAAAGCCACAUAUCAACAUGCCCUGGGUUUGGCAGGACAGCAAUCCCAGCCAACCAUACAUCCACAACACCUAUGCCCCCCCACCUCCAAUACCCUCACCAUUCUCACCAGCAAAAUUGCUAUGGGGGCGCUCCCUCGGCCCCUGGGAUAUCCAAUAAUAGUAGCGCACAUGCGUACGGCGUGGAUGGAUGGCAGCAGGCGAUGACUCUGGGGCUGGGGAAUUAGCAGGGGAGUUACAGUGGAGGCCAACCGGGGGAUUUUUAUGGAAACCAACAGAUGAUCCCUUUUCAAACCUCACCUUCUCAGCCUUCACUUUCCCAGUCUUCACUACCUUCAUACCCUUACCAACCGUCAUUAUUUCAACUUUCACUAAAUCAAACUUCACUAUAUCAACCAUCCUCCGCUCCCAUGACUACGCGAAUGCAGCAGACCGCAAGAAAGGGUAAGGGAGCAGCCCGACGCGGACGGGGACGUCAAGAAGGUGGUGUCUCUGGUGUGAGCGCAAACCCUGCUGCAGCUGCACUCAAGGCGAGAUCGAAAAAGGCCGCUCGAUCCUCUCGCGCCCCCGAAGGCCAGGCUUCUCAAGAUCCCAGUGAUGCUACGUUCACAGCCAUUGGCAUGAUGUGGUGCUGGAGCGCUAUGAUGCGUAUGACUAUGAUGCCUAUGCUCAUGUCUCAGAAUGCUCUCGCAGCCAUGUAUAUCGACUCUAUCGCCCAGGGCACUGCUGAACAGCCCCAGGAACAAACUCCUUACUCUGGAGACAUGUUCGUCAAGGCACAGCACUCCGAGUCUAGUGCUGAAAAACCGAAAGUUGGGGGCAAAGACAGGGGCGCCGCGCAGUCUGCCAGGCCUAUGGAGGGAGAGCAGGUUGGAAUCGGUGCAGAUAAAAUCGGCAAUGAUAAUGUCGGCCACAAAUUGCUCAGCAAGAUGGGUUGGGCCGAAGGCGAAAAGAUCGGAAAGGCAGGAGGCAGUGGUAUCGAUAUGCCAAUCGUGGCUGUCGUCAAGAAUACCAGGAAGGGUCUUGGAGGUUAAGGAAGUUGAGAAUGUCAAAGCGGCAUGGUAUCGUUGCUUGGGAUAGAGGGUGUUUCUUGUACAGCGCACUGCUGCCUUCGUGGCUAUGUACUUUACUGUACAGUAUACUGGGAAUCAGCAGGUGGACUGGAAUGACCCGUCGUGCUCAAUCUGAAGCUUCCGCGCACAAAGUAUCUGGACCGGCUGCCGUCGUGGGUGUCGCCGGUGGCUGACACGUUCCUCUGGGUGGAUUUGAGUGAGGCGGGGAUUGAGGAUUCGUACGAGUUGAUUAGGCAUGAGGCGUUAGCGAAGGGUGUGCUUGGUGUACGGGGUGUUGCCUUACACCUGCACGAACGAAAGUCCCCACACGUCCGACUGUCCUUCGCCAUCGUCGACCUGGUGCAGGACACCGCGCAUGGGCGAGAUAGAUUAGAUGGGAAUAGAGGAAGGGGGUUGGAUUAUCUACUUGCAUUUAGAUUCCAUACGAAUGAUGCUAU